AUGCAAGCUCUAAAUAAGAACACAACAAACUUUUCAAACUAUUCUAAGAUAUCUGAGUCAUUGAAAGGGGGUGACUUAAAACUGACAAUAAACCCAAUGACAGAUGAGUUUCUAUUUCAAGACAAUAAGAACAAUACUGUCUGUAUAAAUCCAACAAAAGGAACUUUAAACGAGAAACCUAUAAAUGAACUUCUUUUGAAAGCAGAUGUUGACAACAAAGCUGACAAAGAAUAUGUAGACGAUGCAAUAGCAAAAGAAGAAGAAAGAGCUAACAAUGCUUAUGCAACAAAAGAACAUACUCAUCCUGAACUAGCAGACAAAACAUAUGUUGACAAUAAAAUGUCAAGUGAAGUGACAAGAGCUGAAAACGAAUAUUCUAAAAAGACUCAUAUACAUUAUAUUAACCAAAUACCAAGUCUUAAGGAAACAUUAGAGACAAAAGCAGAUAAGACUCAUACACAUACCAUUGCAAAUAUUACAAACUUACAAGAAACCUUAAACAGGAAAAGUGACGUUGGACAUACACAUACCAUUGCAAAUAUUACAAACUUACAAGAAACCUUAAACAGGAAAAGUGACGUUGGACAUACACAUACCAUUGCAAAUAUUACAAACUUACAAGAAACCUUAAACAGGAAAAGUGACGUUGGACAUACACAUACAUCUUCUGAAAUAACAGACUUAAACGUUAGCCUUGAAAAUAAAGCAGAUAAAACAUAUGUCAAUGAAAUAUACCAAAGUUUGAUAGGAACAAAAAAUAUUGAAACUAUUGUUGGUGACUUUUCUGUCAAUGAAGAAAAUAAAUAUUUUAGAUGGCAGUUGGUACAGUCCUUAGAAAAUGGUACACGGUAUAAACUCAUUCCGAAAAAUAACAAUAAAAUGUAUGUAAGCUAUAAAAAGAAUGAUGGUACACAAGUUAAAGUUCCAUUAGACAACAACUGCUACUUAAACUUAUAUGGAGACGAACAAAAGAAAUAUUUAAGAGUUUAUGAAAUGGUGGAUAUGAUAUUACCUGACCCAGCUCCGGCACCACAUUAUUAUGACUAUGGAGAUGACGACAGAACACCACAUGUAGAUGAACAAAAACUAACAUUAUAUUUAGAUUAUUAUAGAUAUAAAAGAUAUAAUGCAAUAGAAAAAACGAGAAUAGUAUAUUAUUAUACAGAUGACAGAAAUAAAUAUUAUAGUCAAGACUGUACCUACCCUGAAAACAUAAGAUUAUAUUAUAAAAAAUAUUCUGACACAAACCAGAAGAAACCUGAAAUAGUUGCACUAUAUUUUAAGUUCAAAAGAGACAAUCCUAUAAUAUCUCAUAUGUUUGAUUUAAUGAACCCAGUAGGUUCUAUUUAUACAUCUAUGGAUGCAAGAGGUCCUCAAGUAAUGUUUGGUGUUGGUGCAUGGGAACAAAUAGUCGACGGGUUUUUGUAUUGUGCAAACUCUUCAAAGGAAACAGGUGGAAGUAAAACGAUUUCAGGUGAAAAUUUACCUGCACACAGUCAUUACAUAGAUUUAAGUACAUCUCAAGCAGGUUGGCAUAAGCAUAGAUAUUGGGAUUGGUCAGGAAUGACAAAAGGUAAAGGAUAUGAUGUUAAAGACGACGUUAAGUUUGCUAUAAUUUGUUACUGGGAUGACACGCAGGGAGAAGGAAACCAUACACAUUUCGUUUCAGGAUAUACACAAACAACGGGACAAAGUAAAGAAUACAUGCCACCUUACAUGACAGUUUACGCAUGGUAUAGAAUUGCUUAG